AUGACCCGUAUUUCACCCAUAAAAGCGUUUAUCAAUACGCCCAUCUCUCAGCUUUGCUGUGUGGUUACCCUCGCAGUCCCGUUUGCCACAUCGCUCAUGGAUAUCAAGUAUCUCUUUCUUCUUUCGUACACUCCCGCCAUCGCACAGUGGCAUCAGUACUGGCGCUUUGCCACUUUUCAGACCGCAUUCACCCAAGAAUCGGACGUGCUACUUGGGGUGCUUCUCUGGUACAACUUCAAGGUCUUGGAACGCCUCUACGGGUCGCACAAGUACUUAACCGUGAUCUUUCUUGCGUUUGUGUGGAAUGCGGUUCUUGUCGCAGCGCUUUUCUUCCUUAACCAGAUCUUGGUCCAGUUUACCGGCUGGAGUUGGUUCAACACCGUAGCCUCUGGCCCCCUCGCCAUUUUGUUUAGCUUACUUGCCAUAUACUACAGUAAGGUACCUGUGUCAUACCUGUUUGAGGUUCAGUUGACUCCACAGGAUAACCCCUCACACGUGCCGAAGAAGUUACUAUUGUCAGACAAGUCGUUUGUGUACGUGUUGACGCUUCAGAUGUUUGUCAAUAACGGGUGGCACUCGAUGGUACCGUGCCUUGUGGGGUUGGUGACGGGCUGUGCCAUUGUCAACGACUUUCUCCCUGGCCAGAACCGUUGGCGCAUCCCGUUACGCGCUGUGAGCGUACCGGAGGCGCUGACCGAGCCAGAGGAGGAAGAGGAAGAGGAUGCGGCGGAGCCAGUCAGACCGUUAACCACCCAGUUGCUCAACACCUUUAGAGCGUGA